AUGGGUCAUGCAGUUCUCGAACAUGAAGCAAAGAAACGCGAGCUACCCGUUGUAGUCGAUAGCGCGGGCACUGCAGCCUACCACGUUGGAGAACUUCCAGAUGAAAGAACUGUGUCAACUUGCAAAAAGGCAUAUACAUCAAUUUAUUCAGUUCCGAUCAAUCAUCACGCGCGCGCAGUAAAAUCGUCCGACUUCAAGACUUUUGACUAUAUUUUAGCCUCAGACAAUGCGAAUCUAUCCAACUUGAAAAGCAUGGCUCCAAAGGAUUCAACAGCGACUAUUGCCUUGUUCGGAGCGUAUGGCGAUAACCAACCCAUCGCAGAUCCCUACUACGGCGGGAUUAGCGGGUUUGAGAAAGCAUUCGAUCAGUGUGUAAGAUAUAGUAAUGGGUUCUUGGACCAGGUUUUUGGCAAAAAAGAGAGCGUGCUUUGA